CCACUGAGUUGGACACCUCGUUUACCAUAAUGCACUGCGGCCCCUUCAUUAGCCACCGUGUAUUGUAUACACAGAACGUGAUUGGCUUAUAGAAACUCUUUCCAGGAAGCCACUGAGUUGGACACCUCGUUUACCAUGAUGCACUGCGGCCCUAACACAGACUGUGAUUGGCUAUUGAAACCCGUUCCCGGAAAUGAUUUACAUUUGCCGACUGAAAAUCUUCCUCUUCCAGUUUUAGCACUGAUACGUUGGGUAACAUAGCAUAGCAUGGCUGGCAGGAGAGUCGUGGUGUUCCCCUCCUCAGCAGAGCUGGGUCCAGCAUUGGCCCACUUGGUGACCUCCCGGGCUGAGAGGGCCAUCAGCUCCAGGGGCAGGUUCACCCUGGGUCUCUCUGGAGGAAGCCUGGUGACCAUGCUCAGCAAAGAGCUGCUAGCUAUCGCUGGCCUGGACUGCAGCAAGUGGGUGGUCGGGUUCUGUGACGAGCGAGUGGUGCCCUUUGAUAACCCUGAUAGCACAUAUGGGCUCUAUAAGAAUCUUUUCUUUUCCAAGGUUAACAUUCCAGAGGAUGGAAUCUUGUCCAUUGACGCCUCGCUACCAGUGAAUGAGUGUGCUGAGGAUUAUGCCCACACACUGAAAAAGGCCUUCCCAGAUGGUGACAUACCCGUGUUUGAUAUGCUGCUUCUGGGCAUGGGGCCUGAUGGACACACCUGCUCCCUCUUCCCCAACCACCCUCUUCUGGAGGAGAGCGAGAAGACGGUGGCACCAAUCAGCGACUCUCCCAAACCACCACCAGAACGAGUAACCAUGACAUUUCCUGUUGUGAACGCAGCACGUGCUGCCGUUUUUGUAUCCACUGGAGGGAGCAAAGCGCCUGUUUUGAAGGAGGUAUUAGAAGGAAGAGAGGGUCCAGCAUUCCCAGCAGCCCGCGUCUCCCCGACUAACGGCGAGUUAUUGUGGCUCAUCGACGAGCCCGCUGCGGCCUCCUUGACUAUGCAGGUGGAAAGGAUGGGCUCUGGGGCCAAACUUUAAAACAUUCCACACGCAAAUGAUGAAGAAGCUUUUUUCCAAAAUGGAGACAGACUAAUGUAGUACUUACUUACUAGAAACAUGUUUGUCUGUGUCCUGCUGCAUCAGAAUAGAUAAUACUUAGUUUGCAAUACAAGGAGUCACAAACAUUACUAGAAAAGCCAAUUAAAGUACAUGCGUCUUUGCUGAC